CUUUAACCACCCACUCAUGCGGCACCGCACUCCAGAAUAAUGUACUCGUUCAAAAUCCUUGCUGCUCUUUGAAUGCAAACACACGUCUGGCUCAGAAGAGCGACUGGUUUGUGGGUCUGGACCAUCAAGUGUCCAGUAUUAACUUUGGUCUUAAGGUUCAAAUGUAACAUAAUGCUAAAAGGCGUCUCAACAGAAAACCCUAAAGCAACAACACAAAAUUAUUAUCAAUAUGUAGGAUUUUUAUUAUGAAACCCGCUAUAGUACGAUGGAUAAUACUGUGCAGUGAGCCUACUAAUACUACAGCAGUAUCAACAAAUGUCCCUUUUGUAUGAAAGCUGUUUGCUGCAUGAAUGUGUGUAGCAUCAUUGUGAGUCAUGGCGUCUGUUGGCUGUGGGAUCUCUGACUGAAGGAAGGUGUUGAGUUACUCUGUGUCUAUGACAUAAGUGGCUCCUCAUUGCUUCGCUCCACAUUUCACUGACGAGAGAAACGGGUGAGAUGUUACUGUAGCUUUAUGCACAAACGACAGGCGAUAGGAAGAAGGCUGAGGUGUGAAGGAGAUGAAUCAUAGUUGUUAUGAAACGCGUUUACUCUAUUCAGACUGGAUACACACACGGCUUCCCUUGGCGAGCAUCGUUAUCAUGCCAGUUCCAACCAUUUCAUACCACAACACAACAUCAGUCCGGGCGUUUUCAGGCAUCCAAACAUGGUGAAGCUGGGCAGCAACCUGUGCGAUAAGCUGGAGAAGCAGCCGUCUGCGGACGACGGCUUCGAUAACAUCCCCCUCAUCACGCCGCUGGAGGUCAGCCAGCUCCAGAAGUCAUUUGCAGACAAGGUCAUUGUGAAGACAUCGGCUCAAUAUCAGCGGCAGCAGAAGAAGAACAAGCUCUAUGUGCCGAACAUCAAGAAGCUGAAUAUCAGCUUCUACAGUGACGUGUCAGAGAAAGCCAAGAUUACAGGUCUGAUCCUCAUCACUCUGGCCUUCCUGACCAGCCUGCUCCUCCUGCUCAUGUACAAAGCCAUGUGGUACGAUCAGCUCACCUGUCCUGAGGGCUUCAUCCUGAAGCAGAAGCACUGCACCCCGGCAGCUCUGGAGAUGUACUACACAGAGCAGCAGCAGGAGCCAGGCAUGCGCGCUGGAGGCACCGGUGGCCUCUACGCGGCCCUCACUCACCUAAACCAGGUCAAGGGGACUGGGCCCGAGCCACAAUUACCAUGGUUACCAGUCAUCAGCGCUCUGAAAGACGCCGAGGCGGCUAAACAAGCCAGCGAAGAGCUGAAAGGGGGGCUGGAGGGAGACGAGUGAAGGGCCUGGUGGUGUUAGUGUCAGAGAAGGAAGUGCUGCGGGGCAGGUUGAGGGUUACAUAUGUCAGCUGUGUGUGUGUGUGUGUGUGUGUGUGUGUGUGUGUGUGUGUGUGUGUGUGUGUGUGUGUGUGUGUGUGUGUGUGUGUUUCUCCUCCCACACAGUCCAGUGAUUUUCAUGACGCUGGUGCUGCUGAAAAUUUGAACUGAAUUUUAAACAGUGUAAACCCAAGUUUAGUUGGACUUAAUCCAGUUUUAAUCCAGUCCAGUAAUCCUGAACACAAGCAGACACUUUUGUGUUGGUCUGUUGUGUUUGCAUGACUGUAUCAUUUAUCACAUCUAUCGUUUGUGAGCAGGGACUAUGGAAUGAUAUUGUGGCCAGUCUUGACACCAUCAAAGGGCUGUUUAAGGGUCCAGACUUGUUUUUAAGGAGGAACGUUGGUUUGGGUUUACGCUGGGGUAACGAUUGUGUGUGUGCGUGUGUUGGUUGUGUGUCGGGGCACAGGAGUGUUGGAGAAUGUACCUGAGCCAUACGAUUCUGUGCGCAUUUGUGUAAAUACUGUACAUGUUUACAGCACAUGGACAUAGUGUGUGUUUCAAAUUUGUUUUCAUGUGCCGUGUGUGUGUGUGUGUGUGUGUGUGUGUGUGUGUGUGUGUGUGUGUGUGUGUACUCCUCUGACUAUGAGAAGGUAACACCUUUCAAUGAGAAUACUGUGUGUUUCUCCUUCUUGCUCCAUUGUGUUGUUUCCGUUUUCUUGCCUUCAGUUCAGGGAAUGUUUGAAUCUAUCAGCCACCAGCUAUAAUCUCACAUUAAAUGUGUUGGUAAAAUUGAUUUAUUAUUAUACAGUGGCUUUAGCAUUGAAUGAUCUAAAAUAAUUAUUUGUGAUUUUAAUGUAUUACCAGUUAUAAAGCUGUUUUGAACAAGGACUAAAACACAGUGAGGUGUAAAAAAAGGAUCUUAAUGUCUUAUUAGCAACUUUUUCUCUUGUGUUCAUAUGUGUGAUCUUAUGUAAGAACUAGACGAUUACGCAAGAUCUUCUUAAUUUCUGGACUGUAAUGUUCUUAAAUAAGUAACAUAAUUACAGGAUGAAUUCAUCAUCGUAUGAAUGUAUGAAGUAACUGCUUUAAUUAUGCAGAAGCUGUACUGUACAAGGCCGACAGGUCAGUUGGAUUUACAACCUUUAAAAUGAUUUCAUUAACAGACUA